GAUAAACUGUAGCGAAAGGCGGGGAGCCAGUUUGCCUCUCAUAGAUGACGGGUAAUUCUGAUGAUAAGGUGAACCCGGACUUUUGUCGAGUUUGCCGAUGUGAGGGAACUGCUACGAAACCUCUAUUUCAUCCUUGUUUGUGCACUGGGAGUAUUAAAUAUAUUCAUCAAGAUUGCCUCAUUCGUUGGCUUGAGUACAGCAAACGAAAUACUUGUGAAUUAUGUAAUCAUCGGUUUGCUUUCACUCGAAUUUAUGCAUCUGACACUCCACGAUUUCUGCCGCUCACCGUGUUGGCUGUGGGACUGACCAACAGCUUGCGCCGAUUUGUACUAAAUUGGAUUCACUUGUCGAUUGUCUUCACUGCAUGGUUGGUUGUAGUUCCUUUAUCUGCCUGUCGCAUGUACCGUUGUCUUUUUACUGGUAGCGUUUUCUCACUCCUCACACUUCCAUUAGACAUGGUUUCCACAAAACACUUAUUACAAGAUUGUGUUCAGGGUUUCAUUAUUGUAAUCCUUGCAUUGGCUGCAUUUUUGGGCUAUGUUUCAUUGCGAGAACAACUUCUCCAAGGAACACCAGCAUGGUUGGAACGUGAUGCUCAUGCAGAAGCUCGUGGUGUUGAUCCUCCCCAUCCUCCUCAUCCUGCCGCUGGGGUCAAUGGUAGGCGACCUCUAUUUCCGGAUAUUUUCAAUAUUUUUGGUGUUGCAAAUGGUGGUGGUUUAGGUGCUGCAGUUUUCGGUGAAGGCAACGAAGAUCCUGUUGAACCUGAAAUAUUUAACAAUGAUGAACAGCAUCAUCAAACUGUUCAACAAGAAUUAGUGAAUCCUGAACAUAUCACGUGUUCCUCUCUAAAUCAACAACAACCGGUGAUUAACAGUGGUAUCUCAGAAUCAUUAGAGCCUUCACAUGAGUCGGCAGAUACUGUAAAUCGUGGAUCAUCAUCUAAUCCACAACAAUUGGCUUGGUAUAUGGAAAAUACAGGAGUUAAUUUGGAGGGGGAUAUUCCUGACGAAGAUGGUAGAGCCAAUAACGAUCCAGCAGAUGCAGAUGGUGCACCAGAAGCCAUGAAUUGGAAACAUUUAUUGGGUCUAGAUGGAUCUUUAAAUUUUCUGGAACACGUUUUGUGGCUUAUUGCUUUAAAUACUUUGUUUAUUGUCAUAUUUGCCUUUUGUCCAUAUCAUAUGGGUCAGUUUACUGUGUUGGGAUUCAAUUUGGAACGUGUUAUUAAUGCAACUCACAUGGAAGGGUUUAGUACAAGUUUAAUUGGUUACAUUAUUUUCGCUUUUGCUUUGAUUCUUAUGCAUGAAGUAUUCGCUAUUCUCAAUAUGCCUCGAGCUUGUUAUUGGACUGGUCUUGGAUAUAUAUACAUCAAAGUUGCUUUGGUUUCUUUAAUGGAAUUGGGUAUUUUCCCCAUUUUGUCUGGAUUUUGGAUAGAUGCUUGUACUUUGUCUCUUUUCAAUGCGACGUUAACUCAACGAGCUAGUGUAUUUCAUUAUGCACCAGUUGCUUUUACCUUUAUUCAUUGGGCAAUUGGAAUGUUGUACAUAUUUUAUAUGGCGUCUUUGCUUGUACUGGGUCGAAGUGUACUACGUCCUGGUGUUCUACGCUUCAUAUAUCAUUUUAAUGAUCCUGAUUAUAAGCCUAUUCAAGAUAUGAUGCUGUCCACCUGUUCCAGAGCUCCUUCAUCAAGUAUGAUUGGUUUGUUUGCGUUUUUUGGUAAGAUUGUUUUCUAUGGGAUAUGGUUGUUGACUCCAUGCUCAACUUUCCUCUUUUUUCCGGGCAGUAACCCCCGAAGGACUACAGGAUCAUUCUCCAACCCACUCUGUCAUUCUCCUUCCUUUCUAGUUCUAUCCAAUUUUUUUUUCCUUUUUCUCAUUGAUGGGUUCCAUUCAAUUGAUUGUUCCACAAUGAUUCGUAGAUGGUGCUUCUGUAGUUCUCACACUUGCUGA